GAAAGGAACAAAACUCUCACCUCUUCUCUAGUCUCAAUCUUACAAAACUCACACUUAGUAAAAUUUAACACUAGAGAGGCUUGGGCAGGACUAGUAUCAUCACCAUAUUCAAUGCUUUUACCAAACUCUCACCUCUUCUUCUAGUCACAAGACCAACACCACCACCCUUCUUCUUCAUCUCUUUCUCUCUUCCUUCACCGACAUCUCCUCCAAACUCCUCUCUUACUCAGGUAUUCCAAUUUUCUUCACGAACUUCAGGGAAAUGGAAAGUGUUGAACUUUCGUUGACGAACAUGGAGACGGCCGUCAACGCUGACGGAGCUCAGAAUGGCGACGAAUUCUCCGUUGACGACUUGCUUGACUUCUCAUCAAACGACGACGUUUUCUUCGACGAUGGGGCUGAAUUGAAAACGCAACGAAAUAAAGGAGUCUCUGUUUCCUCAAAUGACGAAACUACCCUUAAACGGAGCAACGACUUCUCUACCGCCUGUGAGCUCGCCGUUCCGACGGAUGAAUUAGCGGAACUCGAAUGGUUAUCCAACUUCGUAGACGACUCCUUCGCACCGUACUCAGCUCCCACGAAGAAACCGGUUUGGUUAACCGUAGACAGGAGACACCCUGUAACACCGGUUAACGUCGGUUCGUGCUUCAAAGCCCCUCUCCCGGUUAAAAUCAGAACCAAACGACCAAGAACCGGAGUCAACUUAUGGUCUUCUCUAACCGACUCGCCUUCGAGUUCUCCAACAUCGUCCUCCUCCUCCUCUUCUGGUUAUUCAAGCCCUCUAUGGCUCUCCGGCGCUGAGUUUCUCGACGAGAAAGCGGUUGAGAGACAGAAGAACAAGAAGAAGAAGAAACAGUUCUUGUCGUGGGAGGCUCAGUCGCAGACGCGGCGGUGUAGCCACUGUGGCGUUCAGAAAACGCCGCAGUGGAGAGCAGGACCCUUGGGAGCGAAGACGCUGUGCAAUGCGUGUGGUGUGCGUUUUAAGUCGGGUCGGUUAUUGCCCGAGUAUAGACCCGCUUGUAGCCCAACGUUCUCCAGUGAGCUCCACUCGAACCACCACCGUAAAGUCAUUGAGAUGCGUCAGAAGAAGGAGACGUCAAGAGAUGCUGAACAUACCGGAAUGAACCAGCCGGUUCAGUCGGUUCAGGCUGUGCAGAGCUUCUGAAGAUAUUAGGGAUCCGACCCGGUUAACUCUUAGCAUUAUUAACUGCUUUGAAAUAUUGUUACUUGAAUUUUGUUUUGUUUUAACUUUUAAGUAACUGGUAAUGAUUUAAAACUUCAAAGCUGAUAUAUUUUUCGUUUCGCGUUAAUA